AUGCCCAUGGCACCACUUCUUGCGUCGCACGCCCUCGAGCUGGCGCUGUUCAUCCUCAGAAUCGUAUCUCCUUCACUUGUCUUCAUAGCGACACUUUCGUUGGUCACGACUCGUCCCCAGCCGUCCGAACCGUCCGAACCGUCGCCCAUAACUCCGGUCGUCGUCGCUAAACGUGUUCCCCGUCGAGCAUUGAUCCUUUCCUUCCUUUCCUUGUCUGCUCUUUCUUUCCUUGUCGAUGGUUUGACUUUCGUUGUGUAUGCUGUAUUUUACAAAACGUGGCCCUCCAACACCGGAAUCGAGUUCAACGCCGUCAUUGGUCUCGCGUCUUUCGCUGGAUUGGCGGCGCUGGGGGCUUGGAAGGACGUGUCUGGCGUUGAAGUCUGGUCGUUCAAGCGGGUGAGGACUGCAAUCAUUCUGUCGCUUGGACUUGACCUCGCGACUGUGGUGGCCUUCGGCCUCUCCCUCCGUUCUCUGCAACGCCAUCCUCCUCCUCACAUUCCAGAAAAGGAUUUCCACCUCCCCCUGGAUGCACUGCUUCAUUUCGCUUUCCCAGCCUUCCGUGUUCUUCUAUUGGUUCCAUUAUCUUUUGCUCUAUUUACGCCCCGCGUCGUGUACACAUAUACGCACGCCGAUGAAGAGGUUGAAGAUGUCCCUACAGCAUCGUCCUUCCUUUUGCCCCCGGAGUCUGGCGCGCGUCCGUCAAAUGGCCUAUCAUAUGGAAGCGAUCUGUCGGGCGACGCCAGUAAGUACGGCACCUUCCGCGCUUCUCGCACCACCACGACUCUGCAUCGAUCUACGCCAACAACCCGUGCCACCACCCCAGUUCCUCGCGAAGCCAAGCCGGAGGCGAAGUCAGACAUCGUUUUGGACCCAUCUUGGUCCGAGAUUUGGCGUCGCAUUCGCCGCCUUUCCCCUUAUCUGUGGCCCUCCAAGAGCCGUCCGCUACAGGGACUCGCGUUCAUCUGUAUCAUUAUACUGCUUAUUGGGCGAGUUAUAACUUUUCUCGUGCCUUACACACUAGGUGCCCUAGUCGAUACAUUCGAAGAUCCUGCGAGAGGCCGCUCGCCAUGGCCAUACCUGUUUGCCUAUGUCGGCCUGCGCUUCCUCCAAGGCAGCGGUGGUCUAUCCGCUCUCCGUGAUGCCAUCUGGGCUCCUGUUAUGCAAUACUCUGAUCGAGAGAUGUCGCAACUUUCAUUUGAUCAUUUACUGAAUCUCUCAUAUUCAUUCCACACCCGACGAAAGACUGGAGAGAUUCUGCGCAUCCUCGAUCGUGGUGCAGCAAUCAACCAUACGCUCGAGCUCAUCCUUUUCAACAUCAUCCCCAUCUUCAUUGAUAUAUUCGUGGCUAUCAUCGUAUUCUGUGUGCAGUUUGACUGGACCCUUGGUCUCGUCAUCUUCCUCGUUAUAGCCGCCUACAUCACUGCUAGCAUAGGUUUGACAAGUUGGCGCACGAAGUUGAGACGGGAGAUGAAUGAACGUGAUGUGGUUACGCGCGGUAUUCAUACCGAUUGCCUCCUUAAUUACGAAACCGUCAAAUACUUCAAUGGUGAAGAACACGAGGGUGCUAGAUAUCGUGACGCCCUCCGAGAGUACCAAGGAUUGGAGCUCAAGGUCAUUGUUGCACUAAAUCUCUUGAAUUUGGUACAAAACUUCAUCAUUACCCUCGGUCUUUUGAUUGGCUCUAUGAUCGUCGCCUCUCGAGUGACCCACGGCCUGGCUCGUCCAAGUGAAUUCGUUAUGUUCAUUACCUACUUGGCUCAGCUCUAUACACCGCUGAACCAACUUGGCUACACCUACCGUUCCAUGAAUCAAUCCCUCGUCGAUACAGAGAGACUGUUGAAACUGCUGAACGAACCCACAGAGGUCAAUGAUCGGGAAAAUGCGCCCGAUCUCAUCGUUGAAAACGGUGAAAUCGAGUUCGACAACGUCAACUUCUCGUAUGACGAUCACACCACUGCCCUCCGCGGUGUUUCUUUCAAGGUGCCGAAGGGGUCCUCGGUGGCACUUGUUGGUGAAUCUGGCGCAGGAAAAUCAACGAUUCUGCGACUCCUUUACCGAUUCUACGAUCUCCAGGAAGGUCAAGGACGGAUUCUCAUUGAUGGCCAAGACAUCCGAGACGUGACGCAGUCUAGCUUGCGAAAGGCUAUUGGCGUCGUUCCACAGGACCCAGUGCUCUUCAAUGCCAGCAUCGCAUAUAACAUUGGAUACGGUAAACUUGGAUCAACACCAGAAGAGAUCGAGGCCGCUGCCAAAUCCGCACAAAUGCACGAUCGUAUACUGUCGUUCCAUGAAGGUUACGACACCAAGGUUGGCGAACGUGGAAUCAGGCUAAGCGGAGGAGAGAAACAGCGUGUUGCAAUUGCGAGGACAUUGCUCAAGGAUCCGCCAAUAUUGCUCCUCGACGAAGCCACCAGUGCUUUGGACACUUCGACUGAGAAAGACAUUCAGAACGCACUCCAAAACUUGGUGAAGGGCCGCUCAUCGCUGUCAAUAGCGCAUCGAUUAUCUACCAUCGCUUCAGCUGAUUUGAUUCUUGUCCUCAAGGACGGUCAGGUCGUCGAACAAGGCACCCACAAAGAACUAGUCGCCAUGGAUGGCAUCUUCGCCUCCAUGUGGGCUGAUCAGGUCUCCACGACCGACGAACAUCAUCCAUACGCCGAGAGCCGCAGCUCGAAAAAGGACCAGUCGGCGUUGUCAUUGCAUCCCGAAGGCUCAGUUAUUGCCCAUGAUGCCGCCCCCUCUGAGGCUCUUUCGCCAUUCGCAGACGCAGAACCCAACGUCCCAUCUUCAUCAAGCCACGUAGAAGCUCCAGAGGUACCGCCUAAAGAGGAGGCUCCCUCUGCCGCUCCUAUUGCCUUCCCUACCUCAGAUGAGCCUGCCGAUGCGCCAAUCAGUUUCCCGACCACAGAUACACCAGACAACGUCUCACUGGCCGCAGCCCCCGCUCCCUCUGAGGCCGUUCCCAUUGCCUUCCCUACUUCUACUUCGGACGAUACAGCUUCUCAACGUGAAAUCAUCUCGCCAUCCCAGACACCGGGUGUGACCUUCGAAUCGAGCGUUAAUACACCGCCGCGUACGGGUACCCCAGACGUAGAAGGCGAACCUAAGCGCAAGUUGAACGCCGCACAGAACUUCCAACGCCUAGCACGAAGAAUAUCGCUAACGACGAGGCGACAAGGUUCUUCCUCUUCUAUUUCCAUGAUCCCAGGUCUUCGACGCGGUGAAUCGACUAAGGAGCCGACAGACGCUAGCGGACGGAGUUCCAACGAUAGUCCCGCAGAGAGCGUCGCCAGCGACGAUAAGACCAAGAAGAAGAAGGACAAGAAGGAUAAGAGGCGGAAGAGUGUGUUGUGA